CUCCCCAAUCCACAGAUAACAAAACCCUUCUUAUCUUCGUCUCCAAUUCGGAUAUCCCAAAAAGCCCUAGAAAAUGUUUGCAACUCUAACACCCUCGUCCGUCCUGCAAAUUCCUCCAUUACAGAGAUUCAAGAAGCUCUCACUUUCCACCUCUUUCCUCCAUGGCUCAACUCCUCUCUCAUUCCUCUCUAAGCCCGCACCCUCGCCUCCCCAAACUCUCAAUUUCCUCCCCUCCAUUAGGGCCAUGAAGUCCCUGCAAGGCCGCGUGGUCUGCGCCACCAACGACAAGACCGUUGCCGUCGAAGUCGUGCGAUUGGCGCCUCAUCCGAAGUACAAACGGCGCAUCAGAAUCAAGAAGAAGUACCAGGCACACGAUCCGGAUAACCAGUUCAAGGUCGGAGACUUUGUGGAACUUGAGAAAUGCCGGCCGAUUAGCAAGAUGAAGACGUUCCUCGCCAUUCCGGUUCCGGCAAGGAAUUCGAAGCAGAAGGUGGCGGAAGCUGCGGCUGGGGACCUUGGGAUUCCAUUGGAGUCUCAGCAACAGGUUUAAUCGUAAUCGGUUGCGUUUUGUAGAUCUAUUCUUGUUUCUGGUCAAUGAAUGAUUGAAGAUUGUUUGAUGGAUGUUGUUUUCCAAAUUCUUAGAAUCUCUAUUCGUCUCUGCAAUUGAUGCGUUCUGAACAGUGAGAUAACUGCCGAUGAUUAUGGUGUGGUAUUGUUGCCGUCCAAA